UGAUUACACGAUUCUGCCAUGUCUCGGGUGGCACUCGGCGCUCGCCGCCCUGGCACGGAUGCAUAUGGCGUACCGGUGGAAGUGUUCCAUAGGGACACUAUGCAUGAGGCCAUCGAGAUCAGGUUACCGGAUGAGGCCCCCACUGUUUGCGCCCAUUCUCUGACGGGUAUAAGAAGGGUAACAGCUCGCUUGUCCUGCGGCAUCUCCACCCGGCAUUGUCGUAACACGGACUCGAGCUAUACUGCAUCCAGUCGCCAGCGUGGCUCAUCAACAGCGUUCCUCACACCAGUCGUCGUGCCCUUUGACUUGCAUCUCACCUUCCGCCACCACCUUCCGGCCCUUGAUACUAAUGUCUCGCAUGUCGCUUUUCAAGUCGUCGGCGUCGUCCAAGGCCUCCUCAACCUCUGACUCGCGGCGAUCCUCCAUUAUGAGCGACGCUUCAUCUCCAGUGUCUCAUGUGCAAUUCCCGGGUCUGGUGUCCGCACUAAAGCAGCCACACGCGCAGUCAGGACUCCCAAGCUCGGGCAGGGCAGAAUAUGCGGAGAUGCUAGACGACGAUAAUAUGGCGUGGGGGAAGCCUAAGAAGGCUUCGGGGCGAUCGUCAUGAGCCCGAUUCCAUUAUACCCGUCCUUCCGCCGACACACGCUCUCCCCAGGCUCAUCUCUGGUGUACUUUAUUGUAUCAGUAUGGACAGAUGCGAGUUG